AUGGAGUCUAUCAAACUAGUUCAUCUUUUGGCAAUAACCAUUCUUCAUGUAUUCGUACUCAAGUGUAUCGCGGCAGCGUGCUUCCCGUCAACACCGUACCCCAAAGUUGGCGCGGUAUUCAGCUUACGGCACACUGCACUUGGAUACUGUACAACGGAAAGGUUACGUCCCUGCAGAUACCGGGUAGGAAUUGGCUAUGAUAUACACCGGCUGGUUAAAUCUGGACAAGAGGGAAAACCAUUCAAACUCGGAGGGGUACUAAUUCCAGACUCUACAGUGAACGUAAUUGGACACAGUGAUGCUGAUGUUAUGCUACACGCGCUGGCUGAUGCUAUACUGGGAGCAGCAGGAUGUGGAGAUAUCGGAGAGCACUUCCCAGACAAAAAGGCCUCAUUAGCAAACAUGGAUUCGAAAAUAAUACUACAAUUGGCACUUCAAGAAGCAUACAAUGUGGGAUAUCAACCAAGAAAUGUUGAUAUUAUUGUUGUUAUCCAAAAUCCAAGACUGGGACGGGAACUCAAAAGGCAGAUAUGCGCUAGCUUAUCUAACCUACUGGGCUCAAACACAUUGGUUAGUGUAAAAGCCAAGACCAACGAAGGUCUAGAUGCCUUAGGUAGAGGAGAGGCUGUGGCAUGCCACGUAGUAAUACUGCUGGAACAUAUCUAA